UCCAGCGACCAUCCAUCCAUCAUGCCAUUCUCAUUAAUCGAACUGCUCAGACAACGCUAUCUCGAUACAAUCCAAUCCGUUAAACCGACGAAUGGGCGAUGGAAGAUCCUCGUACUCGACAAACAUUCUCAAUCCCUGAUCUAUGGCGUCCUGAAAACCUUUGAAAUUCUGGAACUGGGUGUCCAACAAAUCGACCUAAUUGAAAAUAAUCGCAACCCGUCCCCAAACCUCGAUGCUAUCUACAUCCUCGCCCCAACUGCCAAAAAUGUUGAUCGAAUCAUCUCAGACUUCGUCCCUCCAGGUGGUUCAAGCAGAAAAGGCACGCCAAGCGGUUCAAACACUUACGCCGGUGCACAUAUGUUUUUUGUUGAUGCUUUGGACGACCUCCUUGUCAAUCGCCUCACGAGCUCACCCGCUGCCCCUUUUCUCAGACAAUUGAUCGAAUUGUUCACUAAUAUCUCAGCCGACGAACCCCAAGUCUACACCCUCCGGCCCCCCAAUCCCCGCAGUCUAAUCACUUUGUACGGCCCGCCCCCUCGAUCUCCCCGCGACGCUCUAGAGGCCUGGGAAGAUGAAGUCUGUUGGAUCAGCAAAUCGUUGAUUAACUUGUUUGCUACCUUAGGAGAGAAGCCAUAUAUUCGGUACUACAAUCCCUCAUCGCCCCCACUCGGACCUGCUGCACUGGCACAAGACCAUCUAUGUAAGAGCUUGGCGGCCUCUCUCGAAAAGGACCUCGCAGCUUACUGCGAUUCUAAUGAAGAAUUUCCGCCGGUCCUCGAUCCUCCUAGACCACGCGGGACCAUGUUCAUCGUUGAAAGAGCCAUGGACUUAUUUUCUCCUCUUUUACACGAAUUUACUUACCAGAGUAUGUGCCAUGAUCUGUUGGAAAUUACGGACGGAAAUAAAUACUGUCAUUCAUACAGAGACCAAUCCGGUGAAAUAGAAGAGAAAGAACACACAUUAGGGGAAGAGGAUAAAGUUUGGGUGGAAGUUCGACAUAUGCACAUGAAAGACGCGCUGGACAAGUUAAUCAAUGAUUUCAAAAACUAUGCAUCUGAACAUGGUCAUCUUGCAAAUGGGAGCAGUUUGAACGAUAUGAAAGACAUGUUGGCCAGCCUACCACACUUGAAAGAGAGCAAGGAGAAACUGUCCCUUCAUUUAAGCAUGGCCGAGACGUGCAUGGAGCUGUUUGAAAAGCACCAACUGAUGAACAUAGCCUCCGUUGAACAGUGUUGCUCCACUGGUAUGACUGCUGAAGGGAGGACCCCCAAAUCAAUUGUGGAGGAGAUGGUACCCCUAUUGGACGAUCGUUCGAUCAGUACAUCGGACAAACUGCGGAUAGUUGCACUGUAUGUCCUUUACCGGGACGGUGUUCCGGACGAGGAUCGCCGACGACUAUACCAGCAUGCAAGGUUGGCAUUACAUGAAAUGGAUGCAGUGAACAAUAUGGUCUUCCUCGGUGCUAACGUCACCAAAGAUAGCGGGAAGAGGAAGAAAGCAUUAUUCAAACAACCACUCGAUGAGAAUGCUUACGACAUCUCGCGCUUCCAACCCGUCGUCAAACUAAUGCUACAGGAUGCUGUAUCAGGCAAGUUAGACCAAACUGUCUUUCCGUACAUGGGUGACAAUCCUUCAAACGCGCAAAACGGUAGUGGUCCGGCCUCUAGCGGCGGUGCCCCGACAUCCUUGCGGAGCGCGAAACCUAGUUGGCAACGACCAAGAUCAAAAAUAGCUCCUGCGAACCGGGAACGUCUGAUGGUAUUCGUGGCCGGUGGCUUGACAUAUGCAGAAGUCCGAGCGGCAUACGAAAUUUCAGAAGCACAUUCUAAGGAUGUCAUUAUUGGUUCGACCCAUCUAUACACACCGAAGAAAUACAUUGCCGAUCUGGCUAAUUUAGACCGGGGUGGAUCUAGUCAAGGAUUAGGCCCACCAGUCUUGGACAGCAAAUCCUCCUCUCGACCCUCGAAGCCCAAACCAGUAGAACCACGCGACCGAUUGAAAGCCGCGGACACCCGAUAUGCACAUGAAAAUAGCUAUUCCGGCCCUCCGGCGUCUGCGGCCCCUCCUUCUAGAAGAGAUUACCCUCCCGCUCCUCCUCCAAACCACCGCCCCCCUCUAAGUGCUGCCAACGUCCUCCACGUCCCUUCCCCCGCCCCGUCCAGCAUUGGCCGGAGUCCCAUGUCUUCUCCCGCUAUUAGCUCAAACGCUUCCAUUAACUCGGGCGGCGUUGAAAAAGAAAAGAAAAAGGGAUUCUUUGGGAGGAUCAAGAAGUGACACAUUCGUUGGAUCUUCCUUCUUACUUUCAAGUUGACAUGAUCUCCCCGUUUUUUUGUUUCGCUUGGAACAUAUAUCUCAUAUGUCUCUUCCUUUCGUAUUCCCAUCUAUACGUUUGUCUUUAUUUAUAGAUAUUUAUAUAUAAUCUUCGGGCCUGCAUGGUCUCACUCCCUAUGUUCAACACAUGUAAAUUUAUUUGGUUGAUUUUUUUCAUCUUGGUUUGUUCGAUCAAGGUUGACAUCCCACACAACUGUUCAUUAACGCCCAACCUUGACAAAAAAAAACA